AUGUGUCGAUUCCUGAUAUACAAAGGGCGAAAUGAGAUCCGUCUCAGUAAGCUGAUAACCGAGCCAAGUCAUUCAAUCCUUACUCAAUCAUACGAUUCACGCCUGAGACUGGACAAUCGCCGUCCUGUCAACGGUGACGGAUUUGGUGUGGGCUUCUACACAGAUCCCAAGCUUGGACCAGAACCUUGCAUCUUUACCUCAACACUGCCCGCCUGGAAUUGUGAGAAUCUAGAGCGACUCGCUGCAAAGACAUGCUCAGACCUGAUUUUUGCGCAUGUGCGCGCAACAACUGAGGGUGCUCUUGCCGAGAACAAUUGCCAUCCGUUCCAGCACCAGUCCCUGAUGUGGAUGCACAACGGCGGUAUCGGCGGGUGGAGCUACAUCAAGCGUACGCUGGGAAGCUCACUCGCCGACAAAUGGUACCUAGGUGUGAAAGGUGGCACCGACAGUGAGUGGGCAUUCGCCCUGUUCCUUGACCUGUUAGAAAAAGAAGGAGUAGAUCCGAGCUCUGACCCCGGUCCUGAGGGAUUCGGACAGGCUCUUCUACGUCGUGUUUUGAUGAAAACCAUUGCCAGAAUCAAUGAAAUGGUCCAGGAAAUUCCAGAGAAAUAUAAUGUCACCGGAGUUGAGACUCGGAGUUUGUUGAACUUCGCUGUGACAGAUGGCCAUACUGUUGUUUGCACUCGGUACAUCAGCAGCAAAACAGAUGAGCCUGCCAGCUUGUAUUUCUCUUCUGGUACCAAGUGGAAGGAGGGUGAAACGAAGGGACACUUCAAGAUGGAGCGACACGAUAAAGGUGCCGAUAUUGUCCUCGUGGCUAGUGAGCCCAUCACCUUUGAACGACACAAUUGGGUGUCAGUCCCAACCAACUCAGUUGUCACCAUUCACAAGCAGACUGUUAUGCUCCACCCAAUUCUUGAUGAAUUCUAUGGCGAGAACCUCAACCACGACCGCUCUUCCUGCUUUGCUGUAUCAAAGGGACUUGUUAGCACCGCUCCCGGGACAACUAUCUCACCACCGAAUACAAAGGAGCCUUGCGCCCCUUCGGCAACAGGCAAUAAUGCUAUUGGAAACACCAACAGUGGUAUGGAAAGCUUACGGUCUGGUCAUGUCACCGAAUGUGCCGUCUCACACUAA